AUGCGAGGGUGGUAUGAGCAGCCUGGCAGACUGAGGGACGUGGAAUCGGAGGGCUCCGCGAAGAAUCUGCCAAGGCUAGUCGGCGAGCUUCCCUCCGAUCGCCAAGCCCGGCGUCGUGCUUUGGAGAGCCGGCUGCGCAUCGCUCAUGCCAAGGUGGCAGCACUCACGCAGCGGCCACUGGUACACGGAAGGUGCUCCAUUACGGGUCUGUGUGUGCUGGCCUUGAUCCGAAGUGCAGCCGCGUACCAGGGAAAUAUCCCUGGCUAUUCUGUUUAUGCGAUGCAUUUUCUGACGACCUCGUCCGACAUGAUUUGCGUCCUGUGCAGCCUGCCGCUGUUUGCGCUUGGCACGCGAGGUCUUUGCGUCCAGAAAGGCUGCCUUGGCCCCAUGCUGACAUUGGUGUUUGCAAUGUCCCUCGUCGAUCUCAGCGCUUUCGGCGCGUGCGACACUGUGGACAGCUGUAGUCCGAGCAUCGGAACAAUGAGGCUUCUUCAGAAAUGA